ACCCCAACAAUGCAUUGUUGUUUUUCUCGGUGUGGCGACUCAGUGCACGACUAUUUGCGACUGUUUCCCGGCUAUUUACCAGGUCAAAUAGCCCUCUUGACCUCUCUCUGAUGCAUCCCGUGGCGACCUGAAGGUUAAAAGAGACCCCCCCCUUCCCUACGACCACCACCCACCACCACCACCAUCACCAGGAAAUGCCACAACAGUAGUGGUGAUGAAGAAGACAAAGGCAAUGAAGAUGCUUGCGACCUGUUGCGCCGCCUGAUAUGGGGAUUCAGAAGGAGCCAGCACCACCAGCAGCAGCAGCAGUCCAACACCGCCUCUUCUCCUUCCCGAGGACUUUGCCGCUCGUUCCUAAGGGAGAAGACGACGCCGCCACCGCCAAAACGGGGCCACCUUUGAUGCACCUGGGACACCACCAUUUGGCUGUAGUAGGCUGCUGCCCCCACCGUUUUUGGCAGGAUGGAACAGGCCAACCAGGACUAUGUCGAGUCGUCGGGAACUGGGGUGAUGGUAUGCAACCUGCCCCUCCUCUUCACACGGGGGUACCCUUCCUCCCUUCAGCACAUGAACCUAGAUGAGCUUGAAGACUUUGUGCCCUUCAUGGUGCGUUGUAGUUUGGGGGAGGAGAAUCCGGUACCAUGGUCCCAGCUGCCCAGGCCGGCGUGGUGGCCGAGGAAGCUGCCCUUCCGCAUCCCCUCCGGAAACACUCCCACUGCCAAGAUGACAGCUCUGAUUGACCUGGUGCACCGGUGUUACUCCUUCCACGGGUGCGACUACCUGCUGCAGUUCUGCUCCUCCCUGCUGGAGGACAUGCCCAGGACGGGGCACCGCUUCAACGACAACCGUGACGGCACCACCUCCAUGUACCAUGGCACCACCGGCAAGCUCCUUGUCACCUUCAGGAACGAGAAUCGGGAUUAUGACAAAUCGAACCAUGACACAAGUUUACGGAAGAAGCUUCUCCUGUCGCCAACUCGGGUCAACAGCAGCGGCACUGCGACAGCUGUGUUCCAGCCGGCUGCCACUGACAUCUACCUGUGCGACAAAUGUGAAAAUGAGUUUUAUAGCCUCCGUGAGGUUCAGAUUCACGAAAAGAAGUGUUGUGGUGAAGCCCCUCCUUCUCCGGUACCACCAUCUCCCGAUCCGGAACCUGCUGAGGAAGACUUGGAGCCAGCUGGACAGGUGCCAUUCCUGGCAUACUUCAGGCUACAACCAGCAAAGCACACAGGCAUCGAGCCGUACAUGUCCCCAAGGAAAAGAAGUUCGUCGCCACCGAGAAAACUUAUCGGCUCAAUGUUCCCACGUUUUGAGUCCAUCCCACUGACUUCUCCUCUAGGAAAAUUUCUCUUGGCAAACUCCAAACUACGUAAUAAGUACCAAGCAUCGCAGCAUCUUGUCAUACGAUAUGAACGCCAUCUUCAUGCAACGCCGCAUACUGAUAUUGUGUCUAGCAGAGACAGGUGUAAUAACCGCUGGAUCGUGGUGUGGCGUCCCAACAAAGAAGAACAACCAUGGUGUCACCUGUAUUGUUUCAGUAAAAGACAGAAACGAGAACGACUGUUAACAAUAGAGACAGGGUUGAACAGGAGGACUCGAGAACUGCUCUCCAAGUGUCGUCCUGUUACAGUGGCCGUUAAGCGUCUGCAGAAGAGGGUUGUAGACAGGAUAAAGAGACUCAACGGGCCAAGUGCUCCCUGCAUAGACCUAACAGAUGAACCUCAGAGAUUGUUCACGGACAUGUAUUUCCAUUACCCAGGAACCUUCGUGCCAUCCUCUACUGCUUGCGGAAUAACUCUGAAUGGCACACCGAAGUCGGAAGAUCCCCUGAGGCUGUUUUAUGAUUCAAAUGAAACUACCCUCAAUUUUGGGGCGUCUUCGUCCUCGUCCCCGUCAUUAUUUCAUCCGCCUGUCGUCCCUGUACCUGUAGGUAGCAGACAUGUUGGUAUUACCCAGCAUCUUCACCACAACUGGGGCAAUGAGUCGGAGCCUCCAGAGCAAGAUCCUCUUGCAUUUAAUCCGGGUGAUAUUAUCAAUCAUGACAUUAUAUCAAUAUUGCCUAUCACACCAACUAAUAUGUUACAGAACCACUCCUCACUGAGCAUGGGGGGUAAUGUUAAUCACAGUACCCCAAGGCAAUCAAACAGUCACUGUAAAGGUUUAAGUCGCACACCUCCCCCGGGACCAAAAUGCUCGAAAAUCAAUAGGGAGGCUUUAUCCAAAAGGCAACAUGUACAACAACAGCCUGGUAAUACUUACAUGCUCUCCAACAGUGACUUACUACAACUAACGCAAGGAAAUUAUGGUGUCUUAGGUAGAUUUCAUACCAAUGAGAGGGAAAUGUCAGUGAGUGCAAGUACUACUGUGUCUGGUCUAAGUGUUUCUAGUACUAAUUCCCCACAAAAUUUGAAUCGGUACCAGGGAAAUUCUCUGAAAACUUGUAUAAAAAAUUCAGUGCCUCUGCUUCCUGAAAACAAUAGCAUGGUGCUACCGCAUACCACUGGUGCCCCUCCUGGUAGAAACUCUUUGAUCGAAGUGAUUGAUCUCUCGAGUGAUGACGACGACAGCGGAAGAGUUAGAGUUUAUAGUGAAGCAGACCGUGCGCCUUCCCAGUUAGAUGGAUUGUCUUGUUAUCCUCAUUCUGGUGUCAAAAUGCCAGGCUCUUCCAAAUCUUCUUUGCCAAAAAAUGGGAAUAGCCAUUGGUCGUCAAAUUGUAAGUCCCACUGUGAUGCUGGACGCGUAGGGGACUUGGCGACCAAUGGCCAGCCUCCUAAUGUCCUGAAAAAUCCUGCUUUUGUAAAUCAGAGCUUUAACUGUAGUGAAUUCCCCCUUCCUUCUUCUGUACAGCCUCACAACAGAACAGAAACAAAUUCACGUAAACGACCUUGUGAGGAUCCUCCUCCGGAUUAUAUUGGUGGGAAACUUGUGGUCCUUGAUGUUUCUAGUGUGGGUAUGAAGGUGGUAUCUUGGGGAAACCUCUCGGAAAGUGAUCUCACAGCUAUGUCUUGUAGGCCAUUUGGGGAGAAGGCGUUGGCUCACCCUGUGGCAGCUCCCCGCGACACGGAGAGAGAAGUGAGAGGGCGCUUGGUACAGCAGCAGGGUAUCUCUGGAGACGUUGAUGUGCAUCCAGGUUUCAGUCAGUCAGGUGCCUUUGUCAGUACUGCCAGAUGUCAGUAUAGUUUGGAGAAAAAUGAGCCAUGCAAUCAUCAGAACCACUUGUUGAAAGAGAGGAAAUCUGACAGCUCUGUUGUUAAAGGGAAAAAAAUUUCGCGUAUAAACCAGAAGCUGGACUUGGAAACGGAAAAAGUACACGGUGGUUUAUUAAAGAAUCUUGUGAGUACUGUCAGCAAGGGAGUGGGGUAUAUAUGCUCAUUGGUAGGUGCUGCAAGCAAUGAUGGAAUGGAGUCAGUGUCUAACAAUACUGUAGAGAGUAAUUCUAGAUGCUCAAUCAACCUAACGUACUUGGGUGAUAGUGCUUUGAAAAGGAAUGUAUCAAGUAGUUCAUUGAAAGAUAGAGAGUUUGGUGGUGACAGUCAGUCCACAAAAGUGCCUAAGGAAGUUGCUAAACUGCUGAAGGAUGAGUGUCGGGAGCUCAAUCGCAACGGACUGAGUGAUCUGAGGUCAAUUGACACGCAGAACUGCAAGUUGACCAGGAGAUCUGUUGAACGGACUGUUCCGAGAAGAGCACUAAGGCAAAGGAUUGAGGAGACGAGUCAAAACAAUGAAGAGUAUGCAGAAGAUUGCAAUUAUCUUGACAAUAUGAGUGAGCGUUCUGCGGCUCUGAGCGUUUCUUCGAAAUCAUCCGACAUGUUAUCGAAUUACAUGGAUGAAAAUGGAAAUUCGCCGUCGUAUUCAAAGACUAAACUGAAUAAGGAAGCUCAGUAUGCCCAGUAUCUAUCACAAGUGGAGGGGAGCAAUAAAAACAACAACAAUAAUAAUAAUAGUGAUAACAAUAAUGAUAAUGAAGUUAUGAAUGGUAUUGAUAAUAAUAAUGAUAUCGUAGGACAGUUUGUCAGUGGUAGGAAAGACAAAACAUUUACAGAUCAUUAUAGAGGUAGUGUUGGGGGAGCAGCCUUCUUGAAUCGAAGUAGGUUACAAAGCAGUGAUUGUAAUGCUAUGUACAUAAUACCCCGUAGUGAAGUAAGUGAGUCUCUCAUUGAACAUUUGGCCCGUGUCAAGAGAGACGGUUCCUUGGGGUCAACGAAUAAGAGAGAAAGGUUAACAUUGAACAACAGUGUUAACGAGUUCGAGAGGUCUUUCCAGGAGGAAUUGGGUAGAGAGAAUUGUCAUAACAGAAUUGACAUUGAGCCCGUUUUAAUUAAAAGUGUAGGCCCUAAAGAAGCAUGGAAAGCAGAGUGUCACUGUAGUCUGGCAAAAAAAUCAGUCCUACCAGAUUCAAGUUUACACAAUGGUACCUGUGGGAGACAUAUUUUGGCAGCGGCCGAGGAAGAUUCAGAGACGACUACUUUUCAUGCUGUUCAAGAGAUUGUUUGUUCAAGUUCAUCAUGUGGAAGUACAGCAGAAGAUUGUAGCAUCUUGCCGGUCCAAGGACCUUUAGCAGGAAGGUUGGCAGGUUCAAAUGGUAUGUUGCCAGGGGUUAAAGAAAAAGGACAGAAUUUAUUCCAAGGUGCAAAUGCAUGUAGGGAGGAGACUCCUGUAAACAUAUUGGAAUUAGAAAACAGAAGGAAGGCCAGUAAUAUUACUAUUACCAGAAAGAAAGUUCCUAUUUCACUACAGGAAUAUGUUACACGAGAUACAUUGAAAGAAAGGCAAGGAAAUAUAUAUCAUCCUGUAAACAGUUUGAGUAAGUUGAAUUCUAUAAGUAAUACACCAGAUGAAGCUGAUAAUGUAGAAAACAUGCCGUUGCAUAAAUCUGUCCACAGUGUGAAUAAGAAGUGCAAAGACAAGAGAUUGCGGUUGUCGGUGGAACCAACUUUAAAUGUAGACGAGCUGCAGCCAAGUGUGGGCGGUAGUAGGUCGUCAUACGUUGCAACAGCAAGUGGAUCAACUACCAGUCAUGACAAGGCCUCCAAGGACGAGACUGUUGGGUCUCGGUUCAAAAGUGCUGAAGGAAUUCGAAAGAAGAGACAUCUCAGGGAACUGAAUAAUCUUGGAAAGGAUGAAUGGAAAGAGAUGCAGAAAAGAGAUUUUCGUCCUUCGAGCCUUAUCAUUUUCAGUGCGGAGCAAAGGUGUUCAAGUGACGAAUCAGAAAACGAACUGGAGUCGGAUAAUGGUGAAGUGCAAAAGAAAAAACCAGAGAAUGUAAAAGAACUUUUCAAGAAAGAUGUCACACUAAAUAAGAAGAAAAAAGCCCUUUAUAGAGAAUUACAGAAUCUGAGCAAAGACGAAUGGAAAGAAGUUCAUGGUACGGGCUUCCAUCCCUCUGAUUUGAUAUUUGCUGAAACCAGCCAAGAAGUUUUGCCUCAUGUCAUGGAUGACAAAAAACAAGAGUUGUAUGAAAAGCAGGCUCAUGAAUCAACUGUGCAAAUACCUGGUGAGUUGACGGGCAGAAAUGGAGUGGAGGAAGACGAGACUAAAUCCAAAGACGAAUCAGGUGAUAAGACCAGCAAAAAGCAUAAAAAGGCUUCCAUUCCUAGAGAGUUGAUUAAUCUUGGCAAAGAUGAGUGGAAGGAAAUGCGGAAUACUGGCUUCCACCCUUCGGAUUUGGUAGGCUCGAGGAGUGACGAAGUAACAUACUUCUUUGGUGACUCAGAAGGCGAGGAAGAGGACUCCGAUUUCAUAGAAAAUGACCCUCCACACAAAAUGUUGUCAGAUGUUCAAGAGAAGCGAUCAAAGAAGAAGAACUUUUCUCGUGAACUGGCGACUCUCAUGAGAGACGAAUGUAAGGAAUUGAAGCGAAAACACAAGGGUGCAAAUGCAUUGAUGAGAAUUAACAGACGACAUAGAAGGGAAAACGGAGGAGUAGACUUAUCGAAAUCGGCCCGAUAUCCUAAUUCUGUCAGUCUAGUGAGUGCGAUCAGUGAUAAGACAAGAAAGGAACAAAAGGCCAAUCGAUACGCAACUGCAAGGAAUACGAGGUCUCAGACGAAUGUUGUUAGCCUUGUGGAGGUGUUCACGCCACGGGACUCUCACCGCCAACUCUUGCACACAGAAACUGCGAUGUGCGUUUUGAACUUCAACUUGCCAAUGAUCAGCUAGCCCAGUUUUGAAAAGCAUGAGGAAAAUGCAUAUUUUGUUUCCUUCUUCCCACUGCACUGCAUAAGGGCAGUGUGGAUUAUGUUUUCUUCAAGGACAAGUGAGUUUACAUUCUGUUCAAGAGAAGAAUAGCAGCUACUCAGGAAUUAUCGCUAAAACUUGAGGAAAAUACACUUUUUGAGUUUUCAGUUGCCUGGUAUUGUUGACGAGUUUUGAAUUGGUGGUCCAAUGACAUAUCACACCUUUUUCAUGACUUAUAUUUCAUAAUGCAUCCCAAAGGAAUUCCCCAGUGUAUUGCUUUCUGUCCUGUCCAGACAGUUAUCAUAGUAUAUCUGUUUUAUUUAUGGCAUCCAUUAUUGUUAUGGCGUUUAGGUUCUUGCGUUUCCUUCGUAAACGAAAGUUAGCAAUGUGAUACGACUUAGUGAGAUCUUGUGAGAAUGUGUUUCUGAUACGUGAUUGAAUGAGUGGGAGAAAGUGUAGCUUAUUUUUUUUCUGUAAAACGAUGGUGUUUCAAGUUUUGCAGCAGAAUCUGUGAGAGUUUUCUCUUGAUGGCCUGUGUGGAUGUUUGAGGCAGAUAGUAGUGGAAUGGACUUUGCUCUUUCUCUGUACAGUAUAUAUUUUUGAACUUAAGUUCUCCUGUUGUGUAUUGCUAUUUAUGUGAAUCUCCUUUUGCGGCUUUCCAUGCGGUAUGGUAAUUUUGAAGAAAAUCACAUAUUCCCAAAGAAUUUGUGUUUUUUUCACCUCUCUCUCUCUCUCUCUCUCUCUCUCUCUCUCUCUCUCUCUCUC